AUUUCGUUAAGAUAUUUGAGUACUCACAUCAUCCAUUUCUUUUUAAUAAUGUUAGAAGCAAGAAAACGCAUGCUAAAAAUUCUUGUCAAGAUAUAUCCAUAAAAUGACACUUGCGAUCAAUUAAGAGCACACGAUUAAACACACCUUAAUAUAUUUAGUGUACUUUCCUUACACUCUAAUCAAUAAAUAAUCGUAAAAUUAAUAUGACAGAAUAAUAAGAAAAUUAGAUUAAAAAAGAAAAUUGUCAAGUUAAUUUUAUGCUUAUUUAUUAAUCGUUAGAAAGUAAAAAAAUGUUCGGGAUAUUUUUGAAGUCAUUUCAAAAGAGUGAGUCUAAUGUAAUAUUUGAGAUUUUCGCGGUGUUCAUGAAUAUUAAAUUUGGUUUCCGGGUUUGAACCGCGUAGAUUUUUCUUUGUCUGAUUCCGACGUUUCACGAACAUUUCAGUCCGCUUCAUCAGGCAAGAACAAUCCGAUGCUAGAGAGUCUAAUGUAUCAGAAUGAAAUAUUCCCUGAAUAUUUCUCAGAUAUACCUUACAGAUAGUUUAGAAAAUAAUUAUUACUUGAAUUAAUACUAUAUUAAUCAAGAAGUUUUCUUCAGCAUAGAAUUUAUCUUGCUGAGGAAGCUUAGUAAAUUAUUUAAUAAUAGAUUUCAGUUCCUAAAAUAUAAACACACCGAAUAUGAAGCGGAGGAAUAAUAAAUUACGGCAGAUUGUCGAUAUUACAAAAUUCUAUGCAGUAAAUUUUACUAUAAAAUUCUCUCCAUGUAUAAAGGCCUUCUGCAAGAUGACAAGGAAGAUACAAAACGACAGAUUGUAAUUAUUAAACGUGUGGCUAAUUUAUACAGAUUGUGCACCUGAUAAAAAAUGCACGAAGCCGUCCGCAUACCGCGGCUAUCGGCGACGGCGGUAACGACGUGUCAAUGAUACAAGAGGCGCACGUGGGAUUCGGGAUAUUGGGAAAAGAAGGUCGUCAGGCUUCCAUGUCGGCUGACUUCGCCUUCUCGAAAUUUAUGUAUCUGAAAAAGGCGUUGCUGGUGCACGGUCACUGGUACUACCAGCGCAUCAGCAUCUUUUCGCAAUAUUUCUUUUAUAAAAACUUGAUCUUCAUGACGCCGCAAGUAUUAUAUGGCCUGCAUAAUGGAUUCUCUACGCAAGAACUUUAUGACAGUAUGUUCUUGAUGUUGUUCAACAUGAUAUUCACGACGCUUCCAAUACUACUGUAUGGAUUAUUCGAGCAAAACUACAGUGCGGAAAAACUCAUACAACAUCCGUACCUGUACAAACUAAAUCGAAAUAAUUAUUUAAUGUCGAGACAACAGUUCAUGAUAUGGAUGCUACUAAGCAUAUGGCAUACGUGUGUGAUAUAUUUUGUAGUAUACUCUCUCACGCUCACCAAUUCCGCAUAUUUAUAUGACAACACAACGGUUGGACAAUGGACUUUUAGCACUAAUAUUUUUCAUCUAGUCGUUCUAAUAGCGAAUGUUCAGAUAUUGCUACGUAGUUCCUACUGGACGUCGUGGUUUGUUCUAAGCGUAGUGCUGUCCCAAUUAACAUUCUUCUUAUUCACGUUUAGUUACUCGUUGGUAAAAAAAAAAUACGACGGCGACAUGCUGUGGGUCUACCAAAUGUUAUUAAUGUCACCCUCGUUCUGGUUAAUCAGCUUAGUCGUCAUUGUAGUUUGUAUGAUACCCGAUUAUUUAUUAAUAACAUAUGAGACUUAUAGACCUUUGAAAAUUCUUCGAAAAAAUGAAGAACAUCCACAACCUAUCGAUCAUAACGACGAAGUCGACAAUGAUUAACAAUUAACAAUAAUUGUUCACUAGUCCAACAUUAUUCUCAAACAUCGAAAUGUGAUUAACCUGCCUUUUUAAUAUUCACACAAAUGACCUUACUAGUACGUCACAAUGUGAUCAUUUCACGACUGGUUAUUAUCUAAACAGCACAGAGAUGCAUUUUAGACAUGUUAAGGACGUUCUAAGAACUUGAAUAUACAGAAUCCUGACAGAUUGUGUUCCUCAUACUUUUUUAAGACAUGCUAAAAGUAACAAACUAACGUCUCAGAGCUGAAAAUAUACUCAGCAUAUUCUAUUCAAAAGAGUUCUAAGAAUGCCCGUAGGACAUCUCCAGAUAAAAACACGUAAUGAUCAUGUUUCAUUACAAUCCCAGGUAGAACACAAAAUCAUUUUAAUGUCAAGAUGAUAUCAUUUUGACAUCAAUGUCAUGAAAUUGUUGUGAAAAUCGUCUGAUGUCAAAAUGUCAUAAAAUUGUCCUGAAUAUUGUUUGACAUCAAAAUGACAUCACUUUUAUAUCAUUUGAUGUCAUUUUGACUUUUAUAUAACUUUGUGUUCUACCUAGGAUGUGACUUCAUACUAUGAUUUCAAUGUGAUACUUUUUUAAAGAUCAUUACCCAGU